AUGAGCAGUGAAAACGCAGACCAUUCGUCGUCUCACAAUAACGCUGAUAAUCCCGUUGGUGAUGUAGAUACACCUAAGACUCCUUCUGAUCAUCACUCCAAAAGAAGGUCAACAAGAUCCUCGAGAUCUUCAAGAAGUGGUGAUCACAAGUCCAGGUCUCCGAAACGUCACAGAUCCCCAGGGCGUAGCCACCGAACACCAGAGCCUUCGAGUAGAUCAUCUGAUCGCUCCAAGCGAAGGGAUAGAUCUCCUAAAUCAUCUAAGACGAGCGGAGCACCUCCAGAACCACCACUGACAAAGCCUUCACGUGGUGAAGAGGACAAGAAAUCUAAGAGAGAUGAAAAGUCCCGGCGUAAUCGUCCUGCUGCAGUUGCUGGCGUUGUAUCGGUUUCUGGAGGAGGGGAAUCAAGGGAGUCUCGCAAGGCUCGUCGAGAGAAGGGGGGUUCUGGCAAAGGCAGAGAUAGGGUCAGGGAUAAGAUCGCCUCGGACAACAAGGCAAGGAAUGGGAAACGAGUGGAAAAACGUCGUCUUGCCGAUAGAGGUGCGGCUACUCCCAUGUCCCCGCGCAAUCGAGCAGCGAGAGAAAAGGCAAAGGCGGCCUCCGCUGGGCUUCGGUCAGCCCCUGCAUCCGCACCAGUAAGCAACGCUGCAGCUCCGGGGGCUGAUGCGGAUACUCCGAGUGCUAUGGCAAUUGACGAUGCCCAGAUCGUGGGAGCGGCACCGGCACCGGAAGUAAAUGUGGAACAGUUGGUUCAAGACAGAUUAAAAGCUAUGACGGUUGCUGUUGCCGCGAGUCCAGACGAUGAAGCUGAUUCGGACAAGGGAGAAGUCGUAGAAGAAAAUGAUGACGAAGAAAGAAAGAAAAAGAAAAAAGCGCUCAUGAUCAAAAUAUGUGUUGGAUUGGCUAUUCUUGCGGCAAUCAUUGUCGGUGUGGUUGUGUGGUUAACCGGCAAGAACGACGAGCCAGCCGCAAGUCCGGCCAAAGAAAGCAUUGCCGACCCUACAAAUGCUCCACUCAGCGCCGAUUUCACUACAGAUGCCCCAAUCGGUAUUGUAUCGCCUACCGCAUCGCCUUCUACUUCACCUUCCCUGGCUCCAACUGAUGGACUACUCUACGAACCACCUGGUGAUUCUAUCUGCGAGUUAAUCGCGCGAGGCGAGCCUGUUCCAGGACAAGAAGAUAUGUCAAGCAAGAGCUUCAUACUUCCCUUCAAGGCCGAGAUGGUAGAGACAUCACCACCGUCGGAAGUUUCAGCACUCCUAGACGUUGUGGUGCAGUCAAUCCUUGGUCCUGCAUUGGCAGAUUGCCCAAAUACAGCCACAACUGCAGCGAUCGCUGGACUGCCUGACAAUGCGCGACAUCUGCAAAUCGAUGGGCUACCCGUCUACGUCAUUGGAAAUGCUGCAAUUGAGGUGGAUUGCGCACAAGGAAAUGACUGUGACGUUGCACCAGAGUUGUGCUACUCUUGUCAGAUGGGGCUUGAACUCUUUCUAAAGGAUGAGGACGUGAGGGGCUACUUAUUGCAGACCAAGACGUUAACAAUCCUUGACCAAGAAAGCUUGGUGGACUUUUUUGGGUUGGAUGGUCUUGCAACGUCUUUGGAGUUUGGUGAUAUUGUCACAGGCACACUAACGGAAGCGCCAACUCCUGUUCCCACGAUUAUGGAAAGCGGUUCACCUUCAAUGAAUCCAUCAGCACAACCAUCCAGAAUGCCCAGUAUUGCACCCACAUCGACUGGGUCAAGCACUCCAACUAUUCCUGCAACACCAGGACCCACGCCGCCACCGACACCAGGUCCAACCCCACCUCCGACUCCACCGCCAACACCAGGCCCGACGCCACCGCCCACUCAAGCAACUCCGGGUCCAACGCCACCGCCAACUCCGGCCACACCACAACCGACACUCGCAACGCCAGUGCCCACAUCAUCGCCAACCUCCAAAUGGGAUCGGAUUCUGGGAGGGUACCAACCCUAUCACGCUCGGGCCUAUGAAUGGGUUACGACUACAGACACUUGGGAACCAGAUCCUUUCGCAAGCAACCCAGAUGAACAAUGUCUGGAACGCUAUGCAAUGGCGGCUCUCUAUUAUUCGUUCCUCGAAACUGACUUUAUGUAUCAAUCUAGUUGGAUGCAAACAAACGAGCAUCACUGCGAUUGGUCUUUCACUCAUGAUUGUGACGGAGCCAGAAGAGUCAUCGAUAUGAAUAUUGAAGACGAUGAGCUCAUUGGUACCUUCCCAACAGAAUUCGGAAUCUUGUCACAUUUGACAAGCAUUAAUUUUGAACUCAAUGGUUUAGCCGGCAUCAUACCUACGGAGAUGGGAGAAUUAACACAGCUGAGAUAUCUGAAUCUUUCUGAAAACAGCUUUGCUGGAACUCUCCCAACAGAAAUUGGAAUGCUCUCUCAAUUGACGUACUUGUCACUCGAACUAAAUGGGUUUGUCGGCUCCUUUCCGUCGGAGUUCGGGCGAUUAUCUCUACUUGAGGAUUUACUCAUGGAUGGAAAUGACAUCUUUGGCCCAAUACCCUCGGAAAUUGGUCGUAUGACGAGCUUGCGUGAGGUCCGGUUGGAUGAAAACGAAUUAAGAAACGAAAUCCCCAAUGAGAUUGGAGCACUGACUAUGAUGACAUACUUAAAUCUUUUCAGCAACGGAUUGGCAGGUACCAUUCCUACCACGGUCGGCUUGUUGACAUCACUGACCAAAUUGGAGUUGGACUCGAACAACCUUCGCGGAUCCAUCCCCACGGAAUUGGGGAGAUUAUCGUCGCAACUAGAGCAGUUGUACCUGGAUAGUAAUUCGCUGAUUGGUACCAUCCCUACCGAGUUUGGUAAUCUUGCAAACGUUUGGCUUUUGGACUUGUAUAAGAAUGUACUCAGUGGACCUUUGCCGUCAGAAAUCGGAAAUAUGUCAAGUUUGAGGGAAUUUGAGGUGUGGGAAAACUCAUUGACAGGUACCAUCCCUGCAACUCUUUUCUCUCUGCCCCUAACCUUAUUCGAUAUGUCAACCAAUUUUUUGACUGGUUCGAUUCCACCUCUUCCAACGUCAUUGACAGAAUGCUACUUAGCCACAUCGUUUAAUCGGCCAGAAGCAAACUGCUUUACCAAUACCUCAAAUGCUGGCAUUUGUGAUAUCACCAAUAAUUGCCUCUAG